AUGGUUACCAAUUUGAUCACAUUGAUCACCAAGGCGACAAGGCACAAGGAAUUGCUUUUCAUUUUAUUGGCCGGACACAUUUAUCGCCUUGGCUACAGAGGAGAAAGACCUUUCCCUUCUAUUGGCGGCGUUACCUAUGAGGGUCACUUAUCAUCAUUGGUCAAGCACAGCGGGCAUGGCAACAAGGCACAAGGGCUUCUUUUUCUUUUAUUCGAUGAGGCGAUUCGUUGCGAUGCAGCUAUUAUCUUUGAUCCACUUGCAUACGGUCCUGCUUGUUUCAGUAGUUGGCGAUCCUCUCUGCGAUACGAUACAUGGUUAUGGCAUCAAGAUGCAGCUGACCACGCUCUCGUUUUAUUGCCAUUAUGGUGGCAGCAGCACCACAAUGAGGACUUGGCCUAUUGUACUCUAUAUCCGACAAAGAAUGACACGUACGGGACCGCAAUGGCAUUGAGGAAGGCAUUGACAUCGCAAACGACACAAUUGUUAUGGCUCCAAUUGCGAAGAUCCAUACCUAUGGCAUCAAGGAUGGAUUAUCACAAGGGUCCUUUGGAUACUGGUGGCAUUUAUCACUUGAAUUGA